UGAAGCAGCCUUUUUUUUUUCCUUGGAGGAAAGACUGCAGCCUUCUGGACUGCGUACGCUGCUCCCUGGAGGGGCUUUCCGGGUCCCACCCACUGGCUGGAAGGAGGGGACGUGAAUGAAAGGACAGGACAAGCACCGAACACCAUGUCACUCUGGGAGGGACACAGCAGCAACUGAGCUGUGAGAGGUUUUUUUUUUUUUUUUUUUUUUUUAGUUUUUCUUUUCCCCUUUCUGUUUCUUUCUCCCCCCCCCUUUUUCUUUUCCUUUUUUUUUCUUUUUUUUUUUUUUCGUUUUCUUUAAGGUGGGGAAAGAGACACACAGGAGACAGGAAGCUGAUCUGCAAGAUUUCCGAGUUGUGCUAAAAGGACUUUGAUUUUUUUUUUUUUUUUUUUCCUUUACAAACGCUGGCAAUUGACAUCACUACGGACAGCCGGGUAGAGAACAAACUGCCUCAUCCCAAGUGGACCCCAGGCGAGAGCUGGGGAGGCUGUGUGGGGUUUUUCCUACAGAUCCCCCACCUCCCUCUUUUUUUGGUGUGUUUCUUUUUAAAAUUCUUGCUGUGUUGGAACUAGUGAGUGGUGGAAGACUCUCCGAAGCCUCAUCAGUCAUCGGGACUGUCAGGAAUAGUGGUUCCAGAGGAAGCUCGGCCUGGGGCACAUACCCUGUCAUCCAGUUCCCUGCCUCGGAGAUAGAGAUUCCAGCUACAUGGGCAAACGCCUGGAUCAGCCACAAAUGUACCCCCAGUACACUUACUACUAUCCUCAUUAUCUCCAAACCAAGCAGUCCUAUGCACCAGCUCCCCACCCCAUGGCUCCUCCCAGCCCCAGCACAAACAGCAGCAGCAACCACAGCAGCAGCAACAGCAGCGGGGAACAGUUGAGUAAAACCAACCUGUACAUUCGAGGCCUCCCGCCAGGCACCACUGACCAGGACCUAAUCAAGCUGUGCCAACCGUAUGGAAAAAUCGUAUCCACAAAGGCAAUCCUUGACAAAAACACAAAUCAAUGCAAAGGGUAUGGUUUUGUAGAUUUUGACAGUCCGGCAGCUGCACAGAAAGCGGUAGCAUCUCUCAAGGCAAAUGGCGUGCAGGCACAAAUGGCCAAGCAACAAGAGCAAGACCCAACAAACCUAUAUAUCUCAAAUCUCCCCAUUUCUAUGGAUGAACAGGAGCUUGAGACUAUGUUGAAACCAUUUGGACAUGUCAUUUCCACAAGGAUACUAAGAGAUGCUAAUGGAGUCAGCAGAGGCGUUGGCUUUGCCAGAAUGGAGUCUACUGAAAAAUGUGAAGUGGUAAUUCAACAUUUUAAUGGAAAAUAUCUGAAAACACCACCAGGCAUCCCAGCCCCUAGUGAGCCUUUACUGUGCAAAUUCGCUGAUGGAGGACAAAAGAAGCGACAGAAUCAAAGUAAAUACACCCAGAAUGGAAGGCCUUGGCCCAGGGAAGGAGAGGCUGGCAUGGCUCUGACCUAUGACCCCACAGCUGCCAUACAGAAUGGAUUUUAUUCUUCACCGUACAGUAUUGCAACCAACCGCAUGAUUCCACAGACACCCAUCACGCCAUUCAUUGCUGCUUCCCCUGUCUCCACAUACCAGGUCCAGAGUACUUCAUGGAUGCCUCAUCCGCCAUACGUUAUGCAACCAACAGGUGCUGUGAUUACGCCAACAAUGGACCAUCCUAUGUCAAUGCAGCCAGCAAACAUGAUGGGCCCCCUGACACAACAGAUGAAUCACCUUUCGUUGGGCACAACAGGAACGAUUCAGUCCCAAGACAGGAUUAUGAUACUCCACCAGCUGUUGUGUCAGUAUAUGACUGCCGCCGCUCCUAUGCAAGGGACCUACAUUCCCCAGUACACGCCUGUGCCUCCGACAGCUGUUUCCAUUGAAGGUGUUGUUGCUGAUACCUCUCCCCAGACAGUGGCACCUUCAUCCCAGGACACAAGUGGUCAGCAGCAGCAGAUAGCGGUGGACACGUCCAACGAGCAUGCAUCUGCAUAUUCUUACCAACAGUCUAAACCAUAAACAAGACCGAACGAAGAAUGUCUGUCUGAAACUCUGCCUUGAAUGAAGAAACUUCAUUGAACAAGAAGUUGGCUUCCAGUUUUGCACAGGCGUCAAUGGAAUGCUUUUUGUUUUUUUUAAUUUUCUACUUUACCCAAUGAAAACAACAUGUUUUUAUGUGCUGUGCAAGUGGUUCCUUCAUGUGGUCUGACAGUUAAUUUUUGCCAUCAUUCUUUUUAAAGAAAAAAAAAUAUCCCAGAAGAGGACAACAACAAGAAGCAAACAAAGCAAAACAUGGAAGGUUGACAUUUAUCUGGAAGAACAUUUGAAUUCAGAAUUUAUCUGAAGGUGUAGAUAGAUUUUUUUUUUUUUUAACGGAAAAUCUGAUGUCAAGAGGUGGGCAAGCAGAAAUGGAAACAAAUUGUCUUCCUCAGUCAUUAAGCUACUCUUUCUUUUUCCCUUCUUGUUUAAAUCUAGUGGGUUGGUUUUUUUUAUUUUUUAUUUUUUCUUAGAAAUAUUUAGGUAAGGUUUAUCUUGAAUCUUAAUUGCCUUAAUUUUAAGGACGUCAAAGGCUCUCGAGGCAAGCUCUCAACGUCUUGUUUAAAAAAAGAAAGAAUUGAAAUAUUGUGCCAGCUCUCACUGGUACAGAAGUUUAAGACUAUGAGUUUUUAGGGUGAAAAAAAACUGUACAGUUUAAAAGAAAAUGUUUUUCUUCAUUUGAAGAAAAUCUGUUGAUAAAAGAAACCAUGGCAACUGCAAGAAUUGGGAAAAUGCUGGGACUUCUCAUGAACUUUGUCUUAAGUGUUGAAUCAUUCUAGAAGGCUAAAACAUUUUACAGUAAAGUUAUUAACGUUGGUUUCAAAACAACUGCAGUAGAAAUAAUGCGUGUUUGGGGGGCAGAAUGCAGAUUUUUUUUAUUUCUGAAGCGUGAUGGCUAGCAAAAGCUUCAGUGCUUUUUAUCUGCAGUCUUUUUUA